AUGCAAGGAGGAGUCGAAGAGCUCAAUGUAGAAGAACUCGCUUCAAAUCUCUCUACUUACAAAGAACAGCUUCAGCAGGUUCGAAAACUUUUGGAUGAUGACCCUGGAAACUCUGAAUAUGCAGACAUGGAAAAGGAGCUUGGAGAGGUGAUUGCUUUGACAGAAGAACUUCUGGCAACUGCAAAACAAAAUGAUAAUUCCGGACUGGAUAUUCAAACAAGUUCUGAUGCAUCUCACAGUUUGCGCCAUUCUGCUGGUACCUCUCCAUAUAACAGGGGAUGGAAAAACAACUUUCAAUUUCCUUUACACUUUCUGGAGUUCAACAUCUUUAUGAAGGGUCUGGGUUUCAAUUUCCCCUACUCUCCUUGGUUUGGGGUGUUGGAGGAUGGGAGUGACUCACGAACCAUAUCUGAUCACUUUGACAAGUUUCCUGUUGGCACUAAAGUUCAAGCUGUUUGGAGUGAAGAUGGAGAGUGGUAUGACGCGACAAUUGAGGCGCUUACUCCAAAUGGGUACUAUGUACGCUAUGAUGGAUGGGGUAAUAAUGAGGAGGUGGAUCCUGCUAACAUUAGGCCAGUUGAAGAAGGGGCUGUAAAUUCUCUGUUGGAAGCUGAAAGGGAAGCUGAGGCCACAAAACAAGCUCUUAAACGGAAGGUUGCUCAAGCUGCUGCUACUGACUUCCAGUCACGGAGUUUACCAGCAAAGCUUCGUAUUGAGCCUGACGACCCUGAAGAUGUGAAAGUUGCUAAGCGUAAGAAGAUACAUUUGUAUAAGUCAAAGAUGCGGAUAGAGCAACUUGAGGUUACACAGAAUAAGAGGCAGAAUGAUUGGCAGCAAUUCCAGACAACUAAAGGCCGGGCCAAGAAGAUUGGUUUCUUCUCAGGGCGCAAGCGAGAGAGCAUCUUCAAAUCCCCAGAUGAUCCAUUUGGAAAGGUAGGCGUGACUGGAAGUGGAAAGGGUUUGACAGAUUUUCAGAAGAGGGAAAAACACUUGCAUCUCAAGGGAGCAAACGCUGAGUCUAUUGAUGAUUAA